GAAAGUGGUUGUGUAUUAUUUGAUUUUUCUCAAGGCUGCGGCUGAGUUUCCGUUUCAAAGACGGUGGCAAAGUUUAUUGACGUAUUGAAGCGGGAGAAACUAGAAUCAGCUAAUUUUAUGCUGUCUACUUGUUGAUUGCAUCAUCAUUAUGUUUAGUGUUAUGUGUAUUUUGUUGUCAACAUUUGCUGGCGUUUAUUCAGUACCUGAGCACAAAUUAAAGAUACCUAAUAGUGAAAAUGUUAUUGAUCCAUGCGAUCCAAAUAAAUAUGUAAAGUCAAUUGGUCAUUUCAAUUGUGAAGGUGGUGGACCUCUCAAUCCAUUUGGUUCAGAUUUUGAGGCGAAACGAUCAUGGGAUAUGAUAUGUCAGUUAGAUAGUGAUGGUGAUGGAUUUACUAAUGGUCAAGAGUUAGGAGAUCCUAAAUGUCAAUGGAAAAUUGGCGAUGUACCUGAAAGAACAAUAAAUAUUACUCAUCCUGGUGUAUGUACUCCUGUUGAUUCUCAAGUGUGUAAGAGUUUGAAUAUUUGUAAAACUUAUCGUAAAAAUGGUUGUGGUCCAACAGAAUUUUCAACUGCUAUGCUAGCUGUCGGAACACUACUUAUUGUUCUACUCACUCUGUUAAAAUUAAUCAGUAAUCCUGAAGUACAAUAUCGAUUUGAAUAUGGUUAUUGGCCAUCAGGUUGUUGUUCUCUAAUCGUUUAUGAUAAACCUGGUUUUUCAUGGGAUGUUUAACUUACGCAUACAAUUUACAUUUAACAAAUUUCUCCUUUUUUUUGUAUAUUUACCCUAUUUAGUGCUCAUAAUUUCUAUUCCUUUUUAAACACUUUACGUAAUUGUGUCUUUGAAGGGGACGGUGAUAUUCUUAGGAUGAUAUAAUACGCUUUUAAAUAAUGACUGUGAUAUGUAUGUAAUAUUUUUUCCGGUAGCAAAUAUUCAUGAUAAUUCUGUCUCUCUGUGUGUGUUUGCCAUUUCUGACCUUAUAUCAGGACAAUUAAAUGUUAAUUUAAAGGGAUUUCAUUAACUGUAGGUUUGAUUCCGAGCUGAUGCCAAUUACUUGUCUAUAACAUUGGUUCAUGGUUGAAUUAUCACGGAGAAAUACAUAUUGGA